CUUGGCUGGUUACAUUAUUUUCUUCCUUGGUACUUUGGACUUCUUGUUGUGAGUUAUUCUCUUAGCCAUUUUUGCACUCUCUUUUCAUGGUUUUACUUCACCGAAUCUCCAUUGUCUAUAAUCAAUUUUCUCUGUUACAAGUUGGACCUAGCCACAUCAGGAAAGGGAGGAAUUGGAAAUUAUAUUGGAAUUUGUGUAUUUGUUGCUUGUUUUGGAGUUGCAGAUGGCCUCGUUCAAGGUGGAAUGAUAGGAGAUCUAUCUUUCAUGAGUCCCCAAUUCAUCCAAUCAUUCUUUGCUGGUUUGGCUGCAUCAGGGACUCUAACUGCUGCACUUAGAUUAAUUACAAAAGCAGCCUUCGAUAAAUUUGAUAAUGGCCUUCGUAUGGGAGUUAUGUUAUAUCUGGCUAUCUCAAUAUUCUUUGAGUUUCUAUGCAUCCUCCUGUAUGCGUGGAUCUUCCCCAAAAUACCAAUUGUGAAAUACUUCCGGUCAAGGGCUGCUGCAGAAGGAUCGGAAACAGUUUCGUCUGAUCUGGUUGCUGCCGGCAUCCACAUUAAAGAGAGCGAAAGAGCUGACGAUGCUAAUCAUGAGCGGCUGAGCAAUAACCAACUGUUAUUUCAGAAUCUUGACUAUGCAUUCGACCUUUACUUGAUAUACGUGCUCACCUUAUCAAUUAUUCCCGGAUUCUUGUACGAAAACACUAGAUCCAACCUGCUAGGUUCUUGGUACGCAGUUGUCCUGGUAGUGGUAUUCAACGUUUGGGAUCUUAUUUCAAGAUACGUUCCUCUCAUUGAAAGCGUAAAGUUAGAAUCAAGAAAGGGCCUCUUGAUUGCAUCCCUAUCUCGUUUCUUGCUAAUCCCUGCUUUCUAUUUUACUGCGAAGUAUGGAAACGAAGGGUGGAUGAUAUUUCUCGUAUCCUUCUUAGGAAUUACAAAUGGCUACCUGAGUGUCUGCAUCCUCACAGCAGCUCCAAAAGGUUACAAGGCACCGGAGCAGAAUGCGUUGGGUAAUCUACUAGUUCUAUUUCUUCUUGGUGGCAUUUUUUCUGGUACUGCUCUUGGUUGGUUAUGGAUUAUCGGUAAUGGUAAGUUUUAAGUCAACACCAUCAACAUAUAAAAAAUUAUACGCUAGCAUUGAAGUGUUUAAUCUUGGAUGGAAAUGAAGCGAGGGUAUUAAGUGAGAUUUUUUAUUUUUUCUUUUCAAUUAUUUAGGUGGAUACACAUCCUUUUUAAUACAUCGACAUUAUGAUUCUUGUACAUAUAUUAUAAUGUUCUAGCUUUAGUAUGCUCAAACUGUAAUAACUGUCAUAAUCACGUAAAUUUUAAGUUCUCUCGAGAAUCUCUCAUCA